AUGACGACGACGACACGAACCCUUGCCGCUUCCUCCCGCACCACCGGCAGCUACCCCGUCGUCUUCCCUCGAGUCUGCUUCUCCUUCGCCGCAUACUCCAAAUCAAUCAUCAACCAUCUCCGAUCAUGCGGCGUCCCCAUCGCCGCAGGUCUCUCCGAAGACGAAUUCGCCGCCAUCGAAUCCACUCAUCACUUCCAGUUCCCCCCCGAUCUCCGCUCCAUCCUCCGCGAAGGCCUCCCAAUCGGACCCGGAUUCCCCAAUUGGCGCUCCGCCUCUUCGAAUCAGCUCCAGACCCUCCUCUCCCUCCCGAUCUCCGGUCUAAUUCAUGAAAUUUCCCGUCCCGGCGGCGAUUUCUGGCCGUCGGCGUGGGGCACCAGACCGGAAUCCCUAGCCCAAUCAAUCGCAAAGGCCCGAUUCAUUCUUUCCGGAGCGGCGCAAUUGGUUCCGGUGUAUCGCCAGUUCUACAUCGCCGCCAACCCUAACAUUGCCGGAAACCCCCUUUUCUAUAUCCGCGGCGGCUAUGUACGCUGCUGCGGAUUCGAUCUCGCCGAUUUCUAUCGACGCGAGGAGGUAUGUUUAUCGCCGGCGACCGCGCCGGCGUGGACUGCGAAGGAGGCGAGGAAGGUUGAGGUGUGGUCGGAACUCGCCGACAGCGGCGGCGGGCAGAGAGGGGUGGAGGAGUUGAUGGAGGAGUUGGGGAGAAGACUGAGGGAGGGAGGGUGGAGCGAGGAGGACGUGAGAGAGAUGAUCGGUGCGGGAGGAUCGGACGGUUGCGAUGAGGUGCGGGGAGAUCGGAAGGUGGUGAGUGAUCAGGAGGGGGUGAUGUGGCACCUGCAGAGGCUUGCAGAGGUAUUGCAUCGUGCUGGAUGGAGCGAAGAAGAAGUGAUAUAUGUUAUAGGAGAUAGAGCUUAA